UCAUUACCCCAAACUGGACGAUGACGAUGAGUACUCAGGGGACAUCAAGUAUCCUUCCCUGGAUGAUAUUCGCUCUCCUGUUCCGCAACAGUCUUAUUUCUCUUCUCCAGUGCCGGCCUUAGAGUGCCAGAGACAUGGGUUUUACAGACCACCCCUGGCUGAGGUACCACCGCCUUACUGGGUGGCCCAUGCAGCCUACUCAAAAUCAAUUCUACAGCCUCAUGGACCUUAUUACUCCAGUCUACACGGACACAAAGGAUUGAGAAAAACCAGGGGUUAGAAUAGAUGGUUUCCCCACUCUGUUCUUGAGUGCGUUAAGGAAUUUGUGUCAUAUGCUAUUGUAGUAGUUUCGUUUUAGUUAAUCGUAUCUUGUAUUUACCAUUUAAGGCUAUAUUGUUAAUGUCCUCUAGGCUUCUAGAAUAUUACUGUAGGGGGGACACAAUUUGGUUAUUAUUAAAAUAUCUAAAUUUUU